CACACGUGUGGAGGAAGUGUAGGGACAGACCGCCAAGCCUGACCACCUCCACCUGCCUGGGUCAGCAUCUUAUUCUCUGUUUACCGUAACAUGUCCUGGCUGUUCGGCCUGAAUAAGGGGCAGCCCGAGGCGCCCCCGGAAUUCCCGGUUCCACCGCCACCCCCUCCACCGGCUGGCGGCGGCGAUGAUAAACCCAAGGACAAAUGGAGCAAUUUUGAUCCAACCGGGCUGGAGCGAGCGGCCCAGGCGGCAAAGGAGCUCGACAAGUCUCGUCAUGCCAAAGAGGCCCUGGAUCUGGCUCGCAUGCAGGAGCAGUCUGUUCAGAUGGAACAUCAGACCAAAAUCAAGGAGUACGAGGCAGCAGUGGAGCAACUGAAGGGGGAUCAGCUGCGUAUUCAAGGGGAGGAGAGGAGGAAAACUGUCGGCGAGGAAACCAAGCAGCAUCAAUCGAGAGCACAGUUCCAAGACAGACUUGCCAGACAGAGGUAUGAGGAUCAACUCAAGCAACAGCAAGCCCUGAAUGAGGACAACCUUCGCAAACAGGAGGACUCUGUGCUUAAACAGGAGGCCAUGAGGAAAGCAACAAUCGAGCACGAGAUGCAGCUGAGGCACAAGAAUGAGCUGCUACGUGUAGAGGCGGAGUCUAAAGCACAUGCACGUGUUGAACGGGAAAACGCAGACAUCAUCCGCGAGCAGAUCCGCUUGAAGGCAGCAGAGCACAGACAGACUGUACUAGAGACUAUACGGACUGCAGGUGCUGUGUUUGGGGAAGGAUUCCAGGCCUUUGUGUCAGACUGGGAUAAAGUCACAGCUACGGUGGCAGGACUGACCCUGCUGGCUGUGGGUGUAUAUUCUGCCCGGAACGCCACAGCUGUGGCAGGGCGCUACAUUGAGGCCCGGCUCGGGAAGCCCUCAUUGGUCAGAGAGACGUCUCGCAUCACUGUGGCGGAGGCGAUCAAGCACCCCAUCAAGAUGUCAAAGCGCCUGACAAGCAAACCUCAAGAUGCCCUGGAGGGAGUAGUGCUCAGUCCUAACUUAGAAGAGCGUGUACGUGACAUUGCCAUAGCAACUAGGAACACGCGGCAGAACAAGGGGCUCUACAGGAACAUCCUCAUGUAUGGCCCCCCAGGUACUGGCAAGACCCUCUUCGCCAAGAAGCUGGCAGUGCACUCUGGGAUGGACUAUGCCAUCAUGACGGGUGGAGAUGUGGCGCCCAUGGGCCGUGAGGGUGUCACCGCCAUGCACAAAGUCUUUGACUGGGCUAACACCAGUCGCCGCGGCCUGCUGCUGUUUGUUGAUGAAGCUGAUGCAUUCCUUCGCAAGAGAUCUACUGAGAAGAUCAGUGAAGAGCUCAGAGCAACUUUGAACGCAUUCCUGUACCGCACUGGAGAGCAGAGCAACAAGUUCAUGAUGGUGCUGGCUAGUAACCAGCCGGAGCAGUUUGACUGGGCCAUCAAUGACCGCAUUGAUGAGAUAGUCAACUUUGCCCUGCCGGGUCCUGAUGAGAGAGAGAGGCUGGUGCGUCUGUACUUUGACAGAUACGUGCUUGAGCCUGCCACAGGGGGGAGACAGUGAGUCAUACAGCGUUACGCCCACAUGGCACGGCAGCACAGGUUUAAAUAGGGCACUCUCACAAGCACACACACACUGGGAUGUAUAAUGGAACAAGUUAUGAUGCCAAGUAAUUAGCUACUCCCAGAUACACUUGGAGUAAUCCACAUUCCGUGACACACACACACCUACCCACGCACACGUGGACAGGCAUUAACUCUUGAGUACCUGGGUAGAAGGAGGACCCUCUCUGUAUUGUCCAUGUAAAUAAGCUCUGGCUGAUGGCUGUGGAGUGUGUGAGGAGCAGGUCUUUAAGAGCAGGUGUCCCAGCAGUAAGUAGCAGCAGGAGCCCAGUCAGCCGUAGCCAUGCUGAGUCACUAAUUACAGUGGGGCUUUGAGGGCCUGGAGCCUGAGAGGUAGAGGCAGGGGCGACCUACACACAGGGCACUGGAAACUGGACCAGACUCAACAGUCCUGUGUAGCUCAGUUGGUAGAGCAUGGCGUUUGCAACGCCAGGGUUGUGGG